UCAAGAGUCACCGCACCGCAACCUCCGCCCGGCCCUAGCAGGACCCCGCAGUCUCUGCUCUAAGUCACCGGUCACCAGGGAGGCAUCAUGGGCUUUCUGAAGUUCUCCCCCUUCCUGGUUGUCAGCAUCUUGCUCCUGUACCAGGCAGGCAGCCUCCAUGCAGUACCUUUCAGGUCCAUCUUGGAAAGCAGCCCAGGCAUGGCCACUCUCGGUGAAGAAGAAGCUCGUCUGCUGGCUGCACUGGUGCAGGACUAUGUGCAGAUGAAAGCCAGGGAAAUGGAGCAGGAAGAGGAGCAGGAGACUGAGGGCUCCAGCCUCACUGCCCAGAAGAGAUCCUGCAACACCGCCACCUGUGUGACCCAUCGGCUAGCGGGCUUGCUGAGCAGGUCAGGGGGUGUGGUGAAGGACAACUUUGUGCCCACCAAUGUGGGCUCUGAAGCUUUUGGCCGCCGCCGCAGGGACCUUCAGGCCUGAGCAGUUAUAGCCCCCAGAAUGAAGGUUUCAAUAAAGAAAAACUCUAAUUCUUCUCAUGUGUAAUUAAAGUCAUGUGCUAGAAAGGCUGAUGGAAGACAUAUAUAUUUGCAUCCUUCUUGGUAUUGAAAACCCUUCUCCCUUUGACAGGAACUAAAGAUAAUGCAGAGCAAGCUCGUUGUAGUUGUCUAUUGUGCAUUGUGUUCUAUGUGAUUCUGUAUCCAAUAAACAUGACAGCAUGGUUCCAGCUUACCUGUUGAUGUUGACAACUCUGCUAAACCUCAAGGGGAUUGAAACCAUUGCCUUCUGGGGACACAUGGUAGUCUUGUGACUUAAUGGAACUAUACGUUUAAAGAAAUGUCAAU